CAUAAUUAAUGAACAGUUAUUCCCGCGUGACGUCACCAGAGUCCUCAGUGGCAGAAAUCCUGCCGCUCCGCAGACCGAGCUGGUCCUCACAGGGAUACAGACCAGCGGACACACAGACAGACAGACGGACAGACAGGUGUCCAGUCCUCCGCUGGCUGCCGCAGCAGCAGCCGGACUCUUCCUCUCUCCGCAGGCUGUUGCGGUCUUUGCGGGUCUUUGCGGGUCUCUGUGCGGACCGAUCGGAACGGAGCGCCUCGCAGGUGUCCGUGUCAGGAUGAACGGUCCAUGCUGAACGUCGCCUCAGCAUGACAUCAUCAGGCCACGCCCCUUUGUCCCUCUGUCCUGACGUUGCCACUGGUCGCCUUGUUGCCCUGUGGCCCCGCCUCCUGCUGCCUCUCUGGAUCUGGACCGGUGACCCAUUGGGCCAGGUGCGGGCAUCACACCAGCACUUCCAGCCCCACUCCAUAAAGCUGCCUGGUGACAUCACUCUGGGGGGGCUGUUCCCCAUCCACGCCCGCGGCCCCCACGGUGUGAACUGCGGCGAGCUGAAGAAGGAGAAGGGCAUCCACCGCAUGGAGGCCAUGUUGUACGCCCUGGACCAGAUCAACGGCGACGCCGAGCUGCUGCCCAACAUCACACUGGGCGCCCGCAUCCUGGACACCUGCUCCAGGGACACCUACGCCCUGGAGCAGUCCCUCACCUUCGUCCAGGCGCUGAUCCAGAAGGACACAUCCGACAUCCGCUGCUCCAACGGCGAGCCGCCCCUCAUCCGCAAACCGGAGAGGGUGGUGGGCGUGAUCGGAGCGUCGGCCAGCUCCGUGUCCAUCAUGGUGGCCAACAUCCUGCGGCUGUUCGAGAUUCCUCAGGUGAGCUACGCGUCCACGGCUCCAGAGCUCAGCGACAACAACCGCUAUGACUUCUUCUCCCGGGUUGUUCCGCCGGACUCGUACCAGGCCCAGGCCAUGCUGGACAUCGUCAAGGCUCUGGGCUGGAACUACGUCUCCACGCUGGCAUCCGAGGGCAACUACGGCGAGAGCGGCGUCGAGGCCUUCAUGCAGAUCUCCAGAGAGGCCGGUGGUGUGUGCAUUGCCCAGUCGGUGAAGAUCCCCCGAGAGCCAGCUGAGGGCGAGUUCGAUAAGAUCAUCAAACGUUUGAUGGAGACAAGUAACGCCAGAGGAGUCAUCAUCUUCGCCAACGAGGAUGACAUCAAGCGUGUUCUUGAAGCGGCGAGGCAGGCUAACCUGACGGGUCACUUCCUGUUUGUUGGGUCAGACAGCUGGGGGGCCAAGAGCUCACCAAUCGCCGAGCUGGAAGACAUGGCAGAAGGCGCUGUCACCAUCUUGCCCAAGCGGGCCUCGAUUGACGGCUUUGAUCAGUACUUCAUGUCUCGGUCCCUGGAGAACAACCGCAGGAACAUCUGGUUCGCCGAGUUCUGGGAGGACGACUUCAGGUGCAAAUUGACCCGUCCCGGAAUCAAACUGGACCCGGACAAGAAGAAGUGCACAGGAGGCGAGCGAAUUGGUCAGGACUCGUCCUACGAGCAGGAGGGGAAGGUCCAGUUUGUGAUUGAUGCUGUUUAUGCCGUUGCCUACGCUCUGCACAACAUGCACCAGGACCUCUGUCCCAACAGCCACGGGGUCUGCAGCAGUAUGGACCCGGUGGAGGGGCGCCUGCUGCUGGACUACAUCAGAGCCGUCAACUUCAACGGAAGUGCUGGAACCAGCGUCCUGUUCAAUGAGAACGGAGACGCUCCAGGACGCUACGAUAUCUUCCAGUUUCAGAUGACCAACCACAGCCACCCUGGCUACCACGUCAUCGGCCAAUGGACCAACAACCUGAGGCUCAAUCUGGAGGAGAUGCAGUGGUCCGGAGGAGACAAGUCCGUUCCAGAGUCCAUCUGUAGCUUCCCCUGCAAACCCGGAGAGCGGAAGAAGAUGGUGAAGGGAGUCCCCUGCUGCUGGCACUGCGAGCUCUGUGACGGGUACCAGUACCAGUUGGACGAGUUCACCUGUGAAAUGUGUCCAACGGACAUGCGGCCCGUCCCCAACCGGACGGCCUGCUGUCCCACGCCCAUCAUCAAGCUGGAGUGGAACUCUCCCUGGGCCCUAGUGCCCGCCUCGCUCGCCAUGCUGGGGAUCCUAGCAACCAGCGCCGUGGUGGCAACCUUCAUCCGCUUUAAUGACACCCCUAUCGUCAGGGCGUCCGGAAGAGAGCUGAGCUACGUCCUCCUGACCGGUAUCUUUCUAAUUUACCUGAUCACCUUCCUGAUGAUCGCCGAGCCAGGUGUGGUGGUGUGUGCGUUCCGGCGCCUCCUGCUGGGCCUCGGCAUGGCCAUCACCUACUCCGCCAUGCUAACCAAAACCAACCGCAUUUACAGAAUCUUCGAACAGGGCAAGAAGUCGGUGACUCCUCCCAAAUUCAUAAGCCCCACCUCCCAGCUCGCCAUCACCUUCAUCCUCAUUUCUGUCCAGGUUCUGGGCGUGUUCGUGUGGUUCGCUGUGGUUCCUCCUCACACCAUCAUCGACUACGAGGAGCUCCGCCCACCAAACCCAGACCUGGCCCGCGGCAUCCUCAAGUGUGACAUGUCGGACCUAUCCAUCAUCUGCUGCCUGAGCUACAGCAUCGUCCUCAUGGUAACGUGUACGGUUUACGCCGUGAAGAGCCGAGGCGUUCCGGAGACGUUCAAUGAAGCGAAGCCCAUCGGCUUCACCAUGUACACCACCUGCAUCGUCUGGCUGGCCUUCGUCCCCAUCUUCUUUGGUACUGCUCAGUCCACCGAGAAGAUGUUCAUCCAGACCGCCACCCUGACCGUCUCCAUGUCCCUCAGUGCUUCUGUCUCUCUGGGGAUGCUGUACAUGCCCAAAGUUUAUGUCAUCGUCUUCCACCCGGAGCAGAACGUCCAGAAGAGGAAGAGGAGCUUCAAGGCGGUCGUCCAGGCAGCCACGCUGUCCCAGAAGACCGACAAACCGAACGGAGACACCAAGAUCGAGCCCGACAGAACUCAGUAGCUCCACCUGCUGGAGGUACCAGCCAACCAGAGCAGAGCCUGAUGACAUCAUCACCAUCAUUAUCAUGAAGAUGCUGAGCUUUUAUUGUGAAAACCAGACU